AGAUCUACGAGUCGAGAGAGUUUUUUAUUUUGUUUUACUACAACUUAGUUACAAGAGCGGGCUGGAGAGCAUGGUGCGCUAAUAUCGGUGCUGUUGUCAGUCCAUUCCUACAGACCUGAGCUUUGGGCCUUGGUAAAGAGGUCACACCUGCUCAAAUGCCUGCAUUGUUGUGUAUUGUUAUUGGUAUGAGGUCUCAUUAGUCUUUAGAACCAAGGCACGGCGUUUUUGCAAGUUCCUAGGAAGAUGGCAGACAAUUCUUCUUUUGAUGCUAGCAACAAAUCGCAUGUUCAAAUGGCGGUUCGCAGUUUUCACGACAGUCGCUCAACCAACGAAGACUGGGAAUGGCAAACGUGGAUUUCACCAACAGACUCCGAUCUUAGCCAUCAUGUACGCAGCUGUAAAUUGAGCACUUGCAACGAGGAGUUACGUGCCCGGAGCUGCGGCUGUGGACAGCCGUUUCCCGACAUGGUUGCGGGUGCAAAGGUUUUGGACAUAGGCUGUGGAUCAGGAGUGGAUUGUAUGGUUCUUGCUCAGCUUGUUGGCGACAAAGGGCAUGUUGUCGGCGUGGACCUGUGCUCCAGCCUGGUGGCGUAUGCGGAAGAGCAUGCGAAGAAUACUGGUGUAGACAACGUGGAGUUUGUCUGCUGUGAUGCUGAAGACCUGAGCAGUACGGAGCCUGUUGUGGCCAGUGGUCCCUACGACCUCAUUGUGGCUAACUGCUCCCUGUGUCAGAUGCGUGAGUGUGCCAGGACUGACAUACUUCAGCAGGCAUAUGCACUGCUGAAGCCCGGAGGAGAGUUCUACAUCUGUGACCUAUUCGUUUCGGUCGAUGUGAGCGAGUGUGUUCGGAGUAGCUCUAAAGCCUGGGUUGAAGGUCUAGCUGGAGCUUGGAUGUGGUCAAGCUUCUUGAGUUCAGUUGAAGAUGCUGCGUUUAGCAAGCCAAUUCUUAUGACAUCGAGAAGGCUUGAGAUGACAAACGAACGUCGACGGGAGUUGGCUGCUGGCAUGGGAGUAUUUGGAACGGCUGUCGAUAAGUUGCACGAGCUGGAAGACGCUAGUGGAUUUCAGCUCUGCUCCGCAACAUACCGGCUAUUUCGGCUUGCACCUGAAGAUGGUAGAACGGCUAUGCUGAUGGAGAGCCCAUUGGACGCUGCCAGACUCACGCUCAACAUCGUGCACCCAGACAACAAGUCGAGGAAAACAGGCAAGGAGAUCAAGGUGUCUAAAAUGGCAGUGUGCCGUCAAGGGUAUCCAGUAGUGCUCGCAAAGGAUGUUGCUCUUACGCUAGCUCGUUCUCGCUUUGCACAGUUCAUAGACGUGUCUCCGGCUAAGAGUAUUGUGCACUUGCAGCCUACGUGUGCUGAGCCAUUCCUUCCAAAGCCAACAAGGCCCGGAAACUCACUUCCCGGCUUGCCAGGAUUGUCAUUCAGUAGAAUGACCAUAGUAUGUGACCCAGCGUCCGAUUCGGAAAAUUCCCAGCCGAUUUGCAGAGUUCCCAACUUGGCCAGCGUUCUUCGAUCUACACCUGGUUUGAAAGAGCUCCGAGACUUGGUCGAAGAGAGUAAGAAUGGUGGUUGCGGCCCACGUGGAUGCUGAAGAUGAUAUUCUCCUGGGUGCGACUUACAGAUACUGAAGGUGUUGUUCUCGUACGGUGCAAUAUACCUUGGCAGAACCGGUGCGUUACUUGAUAAUGUUUGCCUGAAUAAUGGCUAUUUAAUUAUAUUUCAUAUAAUAAAAAACAGUUCCAUUGCCAUGUAAUCUAACAGCUUCUUUCCUAAAUUAAAAAGGUACAGAUUGAGCUGUUUUGGAAUUUUGGCUGUAAUAUGAGCUCUUGUUUUAAUUGUGCUGGAUUCUUUCAUGACUUACAAUAAGUUCAGACUCUGCUUUAUCCUAUUUAUUUAUGUUAACGCCAUCACAUUCUUGGUGGUCUUUCAGAACUAUUAGUUUGGUAACUUAACAGUGAAGCAAUAAUUAUUGUUUCUUGACAUCUUGCUUCCACUAUCAGUCGCUGCCUCACUGGUGUUGCUUUUGAACUGGUUGAUGUUCAAUUAUCUGUUCUGGGCAUCUUCUUGACAUCUCGGUCGUAUGCAGUGUUAUUGAACCGUUGUAACCUCUAACGCUUAGUCUCUUGACUACCAGCACUGAUGGGGCUGGGUUGGCCGCCGCUCAUCACCCAAGUUUCACAUUGUUUACCUGGAAUCAAGUUAUGCAAUUUAGCCACUGUCUUACAAUAAUACCAGUCUAUGCCUUUGGGAUGAAAUACGACUAUUGCUAGAUCAAUUUUA